CAAAAUGGCCGCGGUUUGUUUUGGGUUUUGUUGUUCAUGUUGUAGUAUUUUGGCGUAAAAACAGAAAAAGCAUUUAAAAACAGGUUUGAAUUGGAUGUGUUUCGUCUCCUGCAGCAUUUAUUGAUAAUUCAAUACCAACAAAGUUAAAUGAAAAGAAGUUUUAAGUUGUGGUUCAAGUGAAAGUUUGUAAAUUACUGCCGCAUUCCAAUCCGCAUUCAUGUUCUGCAAAAAUAACAAAGUUUAUCACUUAAUUACUGAACAAAUGAUUCUGUAACGCAACAAAGUGAAAUCAUAGUUUGACCAUGGAUGUAUCUGACGAAAAGAAAGACGACCUAGCCUCUAAAUUACUGUGCAAUGGGUGCCUGUGCAUGGGGCGGUCUUUACACAAAAUUACUGAGGAGAAACUGGUCAGGUUCUACAGGGAUGCCUUGCGGGAGAUUCCAUCUGAGAUGGGUUGUGAGCAAACAGAAUUCCCGAAUGUGUGCUGGGAGUGCAAGGCGUCCUUAAAGAAAGCUGCUACAUUCAAAGAGCAGGUUCAAGACUGCCAGAGGAUCCUCCAGGCUUACACUAAUGAGAGUCUCCGAGAAUGCCUUGUAAGUGACAUCGUCAGAUCGUCACGGCUUCAUCUACACCACAACACUCCCAUAUCGAUCGAGCCAGUGACCCAGAUGAUAGAAAUACCAUCCAGUCCGCAGCGAGACAGGCUAGACACAGAAGAAUGCGUUUUCUUCAAAACCGAACUGAAAGUAGAAUACUCAGGAGCAGAAUUAGAUGACGAACCAAUGCCCAUAGAUGACGGGCCGUCAGACAUUGAUGACGCAGAAGUGAAACAGAAGAGUUACGCCAAGAAGAAAAAGAAAAAGAAAAAUAAACUGGAAAGCAAAGUGAAGAGGACAGAGAAAGUUGUGAAACGGUUACAACAUGGACCAAAGACCAAAAAGAAACCUCAACGCGACCAGAAGAUUCUCACAAUAGAGCUGACCUACGAAGAAUUGCUUCUAGAAAGGGAGAAGGAAGAACAAAAACAGAGCUACCUAUCCGCCGAGUUUAAGUGUGAGACAUGCAUCAUGGGCUUCAACUAUAGCAAGUCUUACAAAGCCCACAACGCGUCUAAACAUGCUCCGGAAUUAGGCAACUACAUCUGCCCGAUAUGCAAGACUAUAAUAUCCUCCGUCGACUCAUUCACAGCGCACUACAAGAGGCAUUUGAGAAGAUACGAAUGCAGUAUAUGCAAUAAGCGCACGAUGGAUUUGAAAGUAAUGCAGCAGCAUUACUACACGACACACGAAAUCUCGCUCAAGGAAUACAAGUGUGACCUCUGCGGGAAGAUCUCUAACUCAAUAGACGCGCACCGGUAUCAUAAGGACACGCACAAGGCCCGGGUUCAGUGCCCGGAGUGUGACAAGACAUUCACGCACAGGGCCGGCCUGCUCAACCAUCGGUUAUCAGUGCACGAGCUGAGCAAUAAGUUCCCUUGUAAUCUGUGCGACAAAGUCUUCCGAUGGAAGAACAGUCUCAAGCGACAUCUGGAGAAACACCAGGAUAAAGUGCAGACCGACGUAGCUCGUUGUACCACCUGUGGCAUCGGUUUCUCAUCGCUGAGCUCGUAUCAGCGCCAUCUCAAGAACAGUCUCAAGCACGUCACGCAUGACCAACUCAAAUUCAUCUGUGACCACUGCAGCCGCCGAUUCGCCGACAAGACGAAAUUGAGGGAUCACAUCGAAGAGAAACACCUGCACAAAACGUAUUCCUGCCACAUCUGCCUUAAGCAAUCGAAAAACCGCGUGAGUCUGGACCAACACAUCCGCAACGUGCACAAAGGUCGUCCCAAUAACAAAGUCUGCCAUCACUGCGGAAAGGCUUUCCCGCCCGAUCCGUCCAGUGGUUUGGCUGUGCGUUGA